CAUGGCUUGUGUUUGCAGGUUGAGCUGAAGGGAGGAGGGGUUUUUCGCGAAGAGAAGUUUGUGUAAGAGAAAAGCUGCCGCAUUUUCUUCAUGUAGUCCUUCAACAAGUUGAGACACUGAACCGGAUCAAGGAAGAGCUGCGCGGUCACAGACACAGACCAGUAUGGAAAUCCCUGCCAUAAAUCUAAAGGCCAUAAUACUGGUGCACUGGCUGCUUACAGUAUGGGGAUGCAUGAUCCUGAUGCCCCAGUCCUUUGCGUGGGGGAACUUUACUGUUUUAGCCAUUGGAGUCUGGGCCAUCGCACAGAGGGACUCCAUAGAUGCUGUGCUCAUGUUUCUGAUGGGGAUGAGUCUGACAAUAUUGACCGACAUCAUCCACUUUGGGAUCUUCUUCUCACUGAACGACAUUUCCGCUCCCACGUCUCGCUUCAGUGAGGGAAUGGCCAUCCUCAACCUGCUGCUUAAGCCCGCCACCUGCUUCUUCGUCUACCAGAUGUACCGCGAACGAGGAGGAGAAUACAACGUCAACUUCGGUUUCCCUUCUGUAUCGCGAAACAGAGACGCCUAUCAGUCCAUUGACCAUCAUGAAGAGUCUUCCGGCGCAGCAAAUCCCUUCAACCAGCCCCAAGACGGCAAACCAGGUGUCCGCACAUACUGAGCGAAGCAGGCGUUGAACAACGGACCGUUUUCCUCCCACGUUUUUAUGCAGUAGUAUAGUGCCUGGGGACAAAUUUGUGUUGUCCCCCGCGUUUUGUAUUACUGGUACUCUGCAGAGUCCAGGAAUUAAAUCUAAUUUUUAUUUUGGUAAAUGAUUAUUUGUUUGGGUUUUAAAGCAAAAUGUGGCAUAAUUAAAUCCAUAUUUUGUUCAAAUGUUGUUUUGCUGAGCUGGCACAUAACUGAAUAAACACAGAGGAAAGCGGUAUACCCACUCUCAUGCUGUGUCACCGCUAAUACCAUGUACUAUUUUUUGUAGACAGAUGUUGAAUUACAUUGUUUUACUCCAUACCCAGUGAGUCACUGUUACAAACUCUAAAGUCAUUAGGAGUUUACUAUCUCACUUUGUGUUUUGUAAAUUAUUACAUUCCCCUUGUAUGCAGUAUGUGGUGAAUCUAAUGACUCUUUUGCAAUUAUUUGGUUACAGCGGAAAAUAUUGGACUGUUUGGAACAAAUGAACCUAAUGUACAGUGUUGUGCCUUGGAAGUUGUCUUAUGCCUUUGUACUUUUUUAUGUGAGUUGUGAAAUCCUUCACCUGAGUUGAGGGGCGUGAGGAUGAAAUGAUGGCCUUUCUGCUCAUAACUGAGGAAAAGUUACUGUUUUUCCUUCGUGCAGUCCAGCACAAAGAAGCCAAUAAUUGGUCAAGUCCAUAUUAAAGGACCAGUGUGUAGAAUGUAGUGACAUCUAGUGGUGAGGUUUCAAAUUGCAACGAACAAAAUGCCUUUUCCUUGUUGGAAAAUUAAUCGUACUGUGGUCACCAUUUCAACAACAAUCGUAAAAGGCUCAGUCAGUGGCUACGUUUGCAAUGACAAUAUUUUGUCAGUUUCAAUCAUUCUGAUCAAGUUUUUCAAGACAAGACCACAUUUAAGAUAUUGCUAUAAACAUCGAUUCCGGCUUGUUCAACUUUCAAACACUGUUUUACUACCUCCAUGAAAAUGUCCUUCUGAGCAGAGCAGUCUGUUACAACUGAGAUGAUAACACGAGACACUUAUGUGAGAGUGGAUUAUUGUUACAAUUAUUAGCGGAAUGCUAGUGUCCAUUUAAGUGAAGGGUGUUUGGUCUGUCUGUUACGGGCUAUGUAGAAACGUGCCAAUAUCUAAGCUAACAACACAAGAUCACAAUGAUUUAUACUAUAGGUACAAGUGCUGAUAUGCUAAUGAACACAACAUACUUAUGAAUACCAUGUUCUGUUUCUGCAAAUAUAUCCCCCUAAAUCUUACACACUGGACUUUUAAGACUUGUCUUAUCACAAGACAAAGACUGAUUUGUGUAACAAUCAUGAUUCAUGAUUGCGAUAUUGUCUCAUGUGAAGGCCUUAGAGACUGUUGUAAACGUGUAUAAUAACGAAAGUACAACGUGUUUUCAUUGUAACCUCAAUAGAUUACAGACCACGUACUGUGUAGCCUGUGAUACCUGUUGAACUGUAAGAAUAGGCCCCUGCUGUGUAAGGACAGUAGCUAUGACCGUUUUGUCACGUCGCAAAUGCUAAAUGAAGAGUUUGAAACCUAAAGGCGUUCACGCUGUCAUUAGUGCUCAGCGAAAAAUUCUAAAAUCGUUCGCUGAGCAUUUCAUGAAGUGUGCACUCUCAGUUUUAGUGUGCAGUCAGGGCACGAGGAAAGUCUGGUUGCGGUCUUCUGUCAGAAGUUUCAUCACUUAGAUUUUUUUUUUUACCGUCAGUUCUCUUUUGAAAGUGUUACAAGUUCCUGUUUUGAAAUUCUGACGAUCCAUUGGACAGAAUGGAGAUGUGGUCACUAUUUUUGCUGGUCAAAUCAUGGAGACAAUCCUCCCCGUAUGACGCAAACAGAUCCUUAUUUGAUUGCAUGCCGGUUAUACCCGAACUGAAUGUAUGAACAGAGCUGGCCUACACAGUGAUCCUGUAUGAACUCCAUACCCAGUCGCUCCAGUGUGAAUGUACACCAUCGUUAUGUGCAGCUGCAGUUUUAUGCACUGUUUAUGCAACAUGUUAACGUCUGGUGUGAAUAGAAGUUUGUGAUUCAAUAAAGACUUGCGUACAGUUCAUUAUUACAUUCAUAAACAUUCACUUUUUUUGCUUACUUUCAUAUGCACCAUAAAUACUGAACACUGAAAGCAGCUAUUACAAAAAAUCAUUUAAACCAUAACUUUACUCUUAAAAUCUGGUUUUAGCCAUUUUAUUGUAACAGCAGCUUAAACUUUGGUCCAGACAAUGUCCUUAUAACAUUUGCUCCAUUUUCUUUGGGUUUUCCAACAUGAGAGUGUUUGCUCUUUCGUUUAAAGUUUCAUUUCAUUUUUUUUGUGUUUUUUAUCGUUGAGAAUAAAGAAUAACGAUGAACCGUGA